AUGUCGACGUGUCCUCUCUUCAACAUGGCUGCUUCCAGUGUGCACUUUCUGCUGGCCCUGCUGCUAGUUUCUGGUCCAAUUUUCAUCUUUGGUGAUACCUGCAUUGGAGCUAGUACAGACCACAAGGUAUACACAACCACUGAUGGAUCCAGCUCAACCGAAACUGUAUUUCUGAUUGAAUUCACUCUCAACUGCAAAAAUAACGCCAAGAAUUUAUUCCUGAAUGCCGAGGCUGCUGGUAAACAACUCCCAGUUUCACGAUCAGGAGACAAUCAAUAUCAGGUUAGCUGGACUGAAGAGCACAAGAAUGCCCCAUCGGGUAACUACGAGGUGAAAUUCUACGAUGAAGAAGGAUUCAGUGCACUGAGGAAGGCCAUGAGAGCUGGGGACGAUUCUACUAAAGUCAAGCCAGCCUUCACAAUCAAUGUCAAUCAUCAGGGAGUGUUUCACGGUCCAGUGGUAGGCACUGAAGUCAUUGCAUCCGUCCUGGCUGUCUUACUAUGGUAUUCUGCCUACCGAGCAAAGAGCAAGAUUCAAGCCUAAAUCAAUCUCACAAUCUCAGCCUUUUUUUGUUUUAAAAAUUCUUUCCCAGAUUACAAAUAAAAUGUUUUUUGUUUCAAUGAAAACAAUUCUUAUGGGGUUCAGAUUAAGUUUGAUUAAGAAUAAAAUAAAAUUACGCAUUGAAGAAUAGGUGAAGCCAAGUUGCAGAUUUCUAUGAUUUGCAUGGCCAUGUAGUUUGGCAGUGUUAUGAUUAAGGUUCACAACCACCAAAGCCUAUUUGUCACGGAAAUUGGUCUCUGAAUGUCGCAGAGUUUUCUUCAAGUAAUUUUUGAGUCAUACUUGUGAAUCAUUGAUAAAAAUGUCUUUGUUAAAAUGGACAAGUGCUUGAUUUGGAAAAAAUAAUUGUUGGUUAAUUUCUGCCGCUUUGUAAAGUUUGUCCCCUUGUCAUAGAUCACUAGAAUGAAUUAUUUAAACUAUUAAAAAGCAGGGUCCAAUUUCAUGACUCUGCUUACUGUGGAACUCUGUGCUUAUGGCCUUGAUAGAGAUAUGUGCUUCAAUGGCACCAUUAGCACAAAAUUUUGUGGUAAGCAGAUUCAUGAAAUUGAACCCAGGACAGAAUUCAGUUGAAAGGUAUUAAGUCAAGAUCCCUACUUUUGGUAUGUUUCUUUAUUCUCUAAGAACCCAAUGAUCUGGAAGUUUUUACCUAGACUUGUUUUCUAAAUGUCCUUUACAAAUAAUCCAUGGACCAGUUUACGAUAUGCAACACAUUUUCACCAGCCUGUUUUAAAUAUUUGUGGCAUUCUCUUCGGGUGUAAUUUUCCAAUAAAACAUGGAGAACAUGAGUUUUUCCAAUAAAACAUGGA